ACGUGAUAACCACGUGAUGAACGUCACCGCAGUCUUCGUGACACGGAGCGGCGACAAACUUGCCCGGUAUAAAGUCGGGGGCGCCAGUGUGGGUAGCACUCGCCAAAAUGAUGUCCCUUCGCUCCGUCACCACCCUCCUGUUGGUCGCCGCCCUGGUUCUCCAGGCCAGCGCCGCGCCGCAGCCCUUCAGCUUGAAGAAGGCCUUCAACAAUGUGAAGAACAAGGUGACCGGCGCGCUGAGCGGGCCCCUCAAGUGCCUGUCGGACGCCGGAGCUGGGGACGCGGCGCUGGGCUACCUGCAGCAGUGCGGACAGACCGGCUUCUACGGCAAGUUCGCCCUCGGCAGCUGCGCCGCCACCGCGUACGCGCCCGCCGACGUCAAGGCCCUACUCAAGUCCAGCGCCAAGUGCUUCAAGAUGGGCUAGGCCAGACUUCUCGUCUCGUCACUCCAUUUAAGAACCUUGGAGGGAGGUCCGAAUUAACAUCAUUUUGCCCGGUUAAUAAAGAAUACGACAGGGGGAAAACACAAA